AUGCCUGAUCUUCGUCGUCAGGUCUUGGAGAGUGGUAAAACCAUUUCUCGGAAAGCAGCUUCGCGUGAAGGUUCUCGCCGGACUUCACGCACAAACUCUGCCCAAAAUUCCCACCAGUCUUCUCGAAAUGCAAGCAGGCAUCCGUCCGACGAGGAAGACGCUGGGAACCUCAGUGAUGACACCGUGUUGAGCAUUGGCUCGCUGGACGAUUUGACCGAUAACCCCGAGGUUGACAACAACAAUUGGGCUCAAGAACUCGGCGAUGUCAUCCAAGAUAUCCUGGAUCGCAAACGUAGCAGCGUACUGAGCCGCGAAGAAUGCUACGCUGCAUUCUGUCGUCUGUUGAAGUGUCACUAUGUCGAGGAGCGUAUUCGAAACAGCGUGGACGACCUUUUGGGCGCCUUUUGCCGGAGUGUCAAAUUUGAAUCUAGUGUGCGUGAGACUACCUUGGCUUUGCGAGCGCUGGAGCUCCUUGUCAUCACCGCGGUCGACAACGGCAUCUAUGAAAAUAUAGAACCUAUUCUUACUCGUACUAUCCGAGACUCGACAUCCAACCUUGUAAAGGCUGCCGCUAUUCAUUGUCUAGGCGCAUGCACUAUCUUCGGGGGUGCAGGAGAGGAUGGGAUUCUAGACCAGAUGACGUUCUUCCUAGACAUUGCAGCUUCUGAUGGGCAGUCAAUCGAUGCUGCCGAUGACUCGAGUAGUGUCACCGCGGCUCUUCAGGAAUGGGGUGUUCUGGCGGUCGAAAUCGAAGACCUCGAAGGUGAAAGCGAAGAUGCAAUUCAAAUCUUCAUGGACCAGUUAAACAGCAGUGAGUCACCUGUCCAAAUCGCUGCAGGUGAAAACAUCGCAUUACUGUACGAGAAGAGCUACACCCCCCAAGAGGAUGACGAUGACGAGGAUAGCGAGCCCGAGUCAGACGAUGGAUCUCUGGACGACCGACAGGGGCCUAAAUUGAUUAAGCGCUACGAUGCCUACCACAAUACUCACGAGCUUGAGCAGCAACUCCAGUCACUGGCCACGGUACAUAACAAACGCAUCAGCAAGAAAGAUAAAAAGAACCUACACAGCAAUUUUGUCUCGAUUUUGACCACGGUUGAGGAUCCUCGUCGAGGUCCGAUGUACAACACAGCUAUCGAUCAAGACACCAAUCGACAUUACGGUAGCAAGCUAACUGUGAAGAUCGGCCGCCAGGGUGUGAUGAACAUUGACCGAUGGUGGAAAUGGAUUCGGCUGAAUUCACUCCGACGGAUUCUCCAGGGAGGCUUUGCGGUGCAUUACUAUCAGGGCAACCGAGCAGUGUUGGAUAGUCUCCCGGUCAUGGUUCGCCAGCACACACCGGCUGACCGGGGCGCAGCAAAGAAGACUGCGAAGUCGCGGAAUAGUCGACGAUGGGCUGUCCAUGAACAGUCGGACGAGGAUUAUUAG